GUCCGAGUGGCACCAUGCCGAGGACGCAUGAUGGCCCUUUGGCAGCUCAUCUUCCUCUUCAGGGUGUUGGCCCCCGCAGCGGCCGCGACAGUUGCCGAGGAUUCCGACGAAUUCGCCAACCUCAGUCUCAUUGGGGAUCAGGUCGUGCCGCUGGACGUGGAGCCCCCUCAGAGAGAUUCGGGAGUUCUUCCGAACCGCUCCACGCUAGCUCUGCAAUGGACGCCGCCUAGCCCUAAGCCGUCGCCGCUUCAGUUCUACGAGCUGGAGUAUGACGACGGCUAUGGGCCGAACUGGACGUCCUCUCUCCUCCUCCCGGCUGCUUACACCAGCUACGAACUGACGGGCCUGGUCCCUGGCGGCCGCUAUCGCGUGCGCCUGCGCGUGGCAACGCUGGAGGGCUGGUCCCGGUGGAGCCCCGAGGCGGGCUUCUUCGCCUGCGAGCCACCUGGGCCGCCUUCAGGCCUUGAGUCUUCGUGGAACUCCGGCGGACUCCGGCCCUAUUUGACUUGGAUCAAACCCAAGAUGGUGAUCGUAUCAAACGCGGCAGAGGAUCUCGGCGGUGGCUUUGGCGUGCAAGACCACCUCCGCAUCGUGGGCUACGUGCUCUGGCUGCAGCUACCAGAGGAGUUCGACGGAAAUCGCAGCGCAGCCUUGGACUUGGCGACAUCCGGUCCACCAGGUGCUCCAGGCGCCCCCGAGCUCGACAACGUGUCGGAAACAGGUGUUUACCUGCUCUGGGCACCACCGACGCUGCGUGAGCUGAACUGCAAUGGAGCGUUGCCUGCGUGCCAGGAGGCCUCAGCCUACGAGCUCUACUGGGAUGCCGGAUCGGGCAGCCUUCCCGAUCAGCUCCUCUACUCUGGCAGCCUUCCUAUGGCCGAGAUUGCCGCGCUGCCGCUCACUGCGCCCGGCGAUCUGAUGCUGAUGGAUCUCCCCAUGGUGUCCUGCAACUUCUGGUACGAGAUACAGGUCCUCAAUGUGGCUUUGCAGACUUCGUUUUCACUCACUUCUGGCCUAGCAGAGAUCGACAUCACGGAGCUGGACCCCCUGGAACUCUACGACACCUGUCGACCGUGGGGGCCCACGGCACCUUACAUCGUCAACUACGAUGCGGCGACCACGGAGGUGACGGUGGGACGAUGGUCCACUCAUCCCAACGCCACCUGGCAGCCCUUCACCCAAAGCUUCCGCGUCCUGGCCGCGCCGAGCGCCGAUGCGGAGUUCUUCGAAGUGGCAAGCGUCUCUGUGAAUGCACCGCCCGUUUACUUCAAGCUGGUGGCCGUGGAUUCCUCGGGCACCUGGAGCCUAGGCUUCGACUCCGCCACAGCGCGGCUCUUGUGCGUUGCAAGGCUCUCUCUUCUUCGCAGCGGCCGGCGCGACAUGACAGGCAUGUUCGCAGCCACUGUGGACUUGACACUGGCAGGACAAACCUCCGAGACAAUGGCUCUUCACAGCGGCUGGCAUCUGCAGCUGACCAGGCUGGACGUCAGCGAGGUGCCAGAGACCACCAUCAUCACCGACACCAGCAUCACCUCAUACACUUUUCCUGACUUGCCCCCCGGCACCCCGAUCUCGGUCGAAUACGCCGUGAUCUCACUGGCCGGCACAGGGGACCUGUACACCCAAGCGAACACUGCAGCACCCAAGCCGGUCCUCAAGGUUGACUGGAGCACGAAUGAGCUCGUCUCUUUGUCCUGGACCUGGUCGCCUGGGAUCGACAACGACGAACUCAUGGGCUGCACGGCUGAGACAAGCGGUUACCACGUGUUUGCAGACUGGCGCGAUGGGACGAACUACUUCGACCCACUCCAGCCGACCUUCGGCUACCUCCCCGUGAACACUUACGUCGUCAACUGCACCGACUCCAACCUUUUCGGCGCGUCACGUUCGCAGGAGGCCAUGUGGUUCCGGGUUGCCGCUGUCACACCUGGGGGUGUCGGCGAGCUGUCCGAUGCGGUCUUCCGAAAGUGUUCCCAGGCAAACGGCACUUGGGAGGCUGUCCUCGAGCCUCCUGCAAGCCCUGCAAGUGCAGGUGCCGGAUACACCCGUGGCCCCGCAGCUUGUGGUACUGGCAUGGUGGGUGCCGAGAGUGUGUACAAUGCGCCGGUGACCUUGCUGUCGGGCUGCAAAUCAUGGAGCGGCACUUCUAUGGACGGCCAUGUGGACUUCAAGUCCCAGUGGGUGUACCCGCUGAACGUGUCUGCGAACCUCUCGCAGCCAUGCCGCUUUUCGGUUCGGGCGGUCUCAGAAGUUGGUGAAAGCCCCAUGUCGCCGUUUCUGACCUUCGACAAGCUCGCACUGCCACCCCUGCCGCCACGGCUGAGUAUCCGCUCCUCGACGGACACCCAAGUCGUGGUCGAGUGGUCGCUGGAUCGGUCGAAGGAGCGCGGAGCUUAUCACACGGGCUACUACGUCUAUGUGUCCGUUGACGGAACGACUUGGCCGAAUGAGGACACCGGCUACGUCGCAACAUGGCAGGAUGAGCAGACGACGGAGUGGCCGCCCGGAGUGCUGCGGGACGAGGCACCUGUGGAUGCCCAAGACCACAUGAGUCCGCUCUCCACAGCCAUCUCACAGCGCUGCUCGUCGCCGCCGUCGGCGCCACAGAAUUUGACGAUGAAUAUGACCGUCUUCGAUUCUAGCGGUGCAACCGGCUCCAUGUACGUGGCCCGGCGGAGGCAGGUGCAAGUGCAAAGUCAGAACCGUUUCUCAUUUCAUGGCCCUGUGGUUUGGGAGGAGCCAGCAGAUCUCCACGAGGCCGUACUCCUCGGGUACAAUGUGUAUGUCGAUGACGGGAACUCCUUGGACACGAAGGAUAUCUUCUACCUGGCAGAGGUCAUUGAUGAUCCGGAGCGCCGUGUAUUCCGCCAAGAUCACAUCGUCCCCAGCAGAACUUACAAGCAGCGUGGACUGUACAAGAUCACCGCCAUCACGGAGGUCGGUGAAGGAGAUGCAGCGGUGGAGUCUUUGGUUCCUUCCUCCAAGCCCCGUGCUGCGCCGGUCGCCUCUGUGCUCGACGACUGCACCAUCCCUUGGUGGACCAGCAAGGCCCUCUGCCCCUACCCGCAGCGGUAUCAACUGACCAUUGCCUCCGUGGACGUCCGGGAAGAUGCCGACAUCACUUCGCCGAGGUUAUUCCCCUUCGUGACGGUGACGCAGGGAACCAUCCUCGAGGUGACCGAGGAGCGCUUGGGGGCCGACGGGCGCAUGUAUCUGAGCAUCCCGAGCUACGGCGGCUGGCUCUAUGACGACACCCCCCUGAAUCCUGGCAGCCCCCUGGCAGAGCGACUGCCUUCUCUGAAAGCUCAGUGGACCUGGCCUGACGAGGAGGAGAAGGCAAUCGGAGGAUCUCCGAUCACUGCCUGGCGCGUCUACAGAUCAACCGAUGGCAUCAUCUGGAGCGACAACUUCACGGCGGAGUUGUCGGCCACUGCCCGGAACGUGUCCAUCCCAUGCGAAGUCAGCGAGAUCACGGUGCCCUUCUGGUUGCGCGUGACGGCUGUGAACAACGUGGGCGAAGGUCCGCCUUCCAAUGCGGCGGCUUUGAGAUGCUCCCUUCCACCCGGCCUGCAGCCGGCACCCAUCCAGGUGGGAAGUGACAUCACCUCCAUCCUUCUGGAGUUUCAGCCUGCGGAUCUCCACAAUGCGACCUAUGCGCACUACACCGACGGACUUCAUCUCGAGGAGAAGUCGGUGCACGUCACGGGCCUGCGGGCCUGGCAUACGUACACCUUCAAGGUGCAAGCGAUCACGGAGUCGGGCAUCUCUCCGGACCCCGAUUGGCAGGUGAACAUGAGCACAGGCUGGGGAUCCCCGCUAGGGCCAGGAGAGCUCGACUUCAAGUUCUUAGUUGCGCAUGAGCGUCGUUCUUGUCAGCUUCCGGCAUCGCUUGCACUGGGACGCAAAAAGGCACGCAAGAAAGUCCUGUUGGUCAGCUCAGCACUGACGCUUGAUUCAUGCCGGCGCCUCUCCGAUGACUUGCAAGCACCCGGAGCCGGGUUUGCCCGACCCGGCCAUCACCGCACGUCAUCGGCAGCUUCCACAGAAUCGGCCUCAAGUGCGGGCAGUGCCGGGACAGCCUGCACGAUUGAUGUUCAUAAUGCCGGCGACAUUGAGGGUUAUGUUGCCUAUGGAGUCGAACGUGUGCUGGCUUGGCUAGACUCUGUGCCCACAGACCCCGAGCCACAGGUGAAGGUUCAACCACACCGGGGGGCAGAAGAGAAGGCCGAACUGGUGCGUCAAGAAUUAUUAAGCCAUUUCCUCAAUUAUGAUCUUGAUAGCCCCAGAGUGUCAGUCAGCCCGAGUGCAAGCAUUCCUGAGUCACCGGUGCCAUCGUCGGAUUUUGAGGACGCGGUGCAGGAAAGGGAGUUGCACAGGGAGUCCACGGUUUCGGUAGAACGCUGCCGAUGCGGAGACCGCCCGGUGGUUUUCAAGAAGUACUUAAGAGGCACAAUGCCUACGUACCGGAACCUCCUGGAACAGCAGGUCUACGAGCUGAACUUGUACUACAAGGAUUUGAAAGGCAUCAGCACUGUGGUUCAGAUUCACGGUCAUUUCUUUGAUCCACUCCACAACAUGACGUUCGUGUUUCCCGAUCUUGGUACCAACCACUAUCCUACAAACACGGACGGCAUGAUCAGCUACAUGAGACAGAUGCUUGUGGGACUGGAUGCCUUGUGGCGUCGAAACAUUGUCCACUGCAACAUCAAAGGAGGCUCCAAGCCAAAUGCGAGUUUUGAUUCCCACGGCAAGCUGACGCUCAUCGACUUCGAGUCGGCGGUUCGGCGACAUGAGCUCAUCGACCAAGGACAGAACGGAAUGCUGAGCUACCGAGGAAACCCUUACUAUGUCGCACCAGAGGUCUUGGUGCCACAGAUCGGAGAAAGCCCAUACGGCCAAACUAGGUUUGGACGCCGCAGGGACGUUUUCAGUGCGGGCAUCGUACUCGCAGAACUGAUACUGGAUGUGCGUCAUCUGUUCGUCCUUGAUGACGAUUACGACAUGAUCAUCGCAGCCCACGAAGGUUUGCGAGACAAACUUGAGUGCAAUGAUCCGCAUAGGGCACUGCUUUGGUACGGAGGCUUCAUGACAGAUGACGAUGAUUUUAAUGAAUUGGGUGCUGAUCUUGUGGCGAAGAUGCUCGCGUGGCAUCGGACUGAUCGGCCGGCGCCAAGAGAGCUUCUGAAUCACGAGCUUUUUUGGUUGCGCCACCUUCAGGCAUGCCCUCAAUGCCCAACCUUGCUUGUCAGUGUUUCCGAGACACCGGAUCCGCCGACCUACGUGUACUCUGACGGAUCCAUCUUGCGCAUUGGCUUCUCUUCACUGACGCAGAACCGGCAGUGGAGUGAUGGUGCCGACGUACCUGACUACAACCUUUACAUUACGGCGGACGAUCGCGGCUGGCCCGAUGCAAUGAUGCCUGCACAGGUGAGCCCUCCUGCAGCCGAGUUAGGCAACCAAACCCCGAAUCCCGAAUCCCUUGUGGUUCUGAAACACUUGGGGUGA